AUGACGGCCGGCGCCGUCAUGUUCCUCUCUCUGCUCGUCUGUGCCAUCUUUAGUGAGACAUUUUCCGCUUCUGUAUCCGAAUGGGAGGACUACCAUGAUCAUGAGGCAAUGCUCGACAAAAUGCUCGACAUUGUCCAGAAAUGUCCUCAGAUCUCUACCUUGUACAGUAUUGGUCGAUCAGUGGAGGAUCGGGAACUAGUCGUUAUCCACUUCUCCACAACACCAUCUGAACAUGUUGCAUUAAAACCUGAAAUGAAGUACAUUGGCAAUAUGCAUGGUAACGAACCGAUUGGACGAGAACUACUCAUCCGCCUAGCUGAUUACCUUUGUGAAGCAGCUAUCAAGAAAGAUAAGGAAGUUCUGCAAUUACUCAAUUCAACCUCAAUCCACAUUCUGCCUUCGAUGAAUCCUGAUGGCUUCGAACGUGCAUUGAAUACGGUAGGUAAAGAAUGGCUUUGA